GCUUCAAGGUGAGGUCAGUCGUGGUUUCCUGUUGUUCGGGGGAGGGGCAGCCUCAGGUGAGGGAUCGAGCAUAAAGUCACGACGCAGCAGCGCAGUCGUGUCAGUCGAGGAGCAGGAGCCACGAUGUCGGACUUCAAUCUGGAGUCAGCUAUAGAUCAAAAAGAAGAUAUGGUGAAGAAGAAGGAGGCUCACUCCGAUGAGUUCAGUUGGCCCUUUGGCAAGAGUAAGGACAAGGGCGACAGCAAGCACAAGUCCGACAAGAAGGGUGACUGCAAGGAUCACUCCAAGGACAAAGGCGACAAGAAGGAGAAGAGUGGCUGCAAGGAUCACUCCAAGGACAAAGGCGACAAGAAGGAGAAGAGUGGCUGCAAGGAUCACUCCAAGGACAAAGGCGACAAGAAGCACCACAAGAAGAAGAAGAGGGAGGGAGGAGGAGGCUCCUCCUCAUCCUCCUCUUCAUCCUCUUCCUCCAGCAGCAAUGAGGACUGAUGCUUCGUGGGGGACGGGACGGCUCUGUUAGUCUCCUGUGAUCGGAUGUCUAUUGAGUGUGUGUGUGUGUGUGUGUGUGUGUGUGUGUGUGUGUGUGUGUGUGUGUGUGUGUGUGUGUGUGUGUGUGUGUGUGUGUGUGUGUGUGUGUGUGUGUGUGUGUGUGUGUGUGUGUGUGUGUGUGUGUGUGUGUGUGUGUGUGUGUGUGUGUGUGUGUGUGUGUGUGUGUGUGUGUGCUUUGAGGGUACAGUAAUAUCAACAGCACUUCCUGUCGCUGAACCGGUGUCACAGAAACAUGCAGGUCUUGUGUAAACGAACCUGCUAAUUCCGAAUAAGUAAAUGUUCUGGCAACAAA